CCUGUUGGCAUUUAUGCCAAGAAAUACGAAUGGGCCGCACGUCCUUCAAGCGGAAGCAAUGGUUUGUCUUUGGACUUGCAUCCGCCACCGAUGCAGAUUGGCGGUGACUGUUCAUUGUGGAUACGUUCGGCCACAUUGGAUUUUGAUGAUGGCCUCUGGGAGUGUCAGGUGACAGCAAGUGAUUUUACAACGCAAGACGCUUUAACCAGUCAACCAGUGCGAUUAGUUGUACGUGUUGGACCGCAACGACCACGCCUCGAAUACGAAGGUACUCAUGUGCCACCAAGCCACAAUAUAACAGUCGACUCGGGUGCUGUGGCUACUGUAAAAUGUGUUUCCCACUAUGGUAAUCCACCAGCCACACUCAAAUGGUAUCUAGGUGACAAAGAAAUUGCGCCAAUUCAUCCGCAGACGAAUAAUACUGAACCGGACAAUACACGCACUUGGUCUGCUACGUCAGUAGUGCAGAUAUCAGCUAUGCGUGAACGUCAUGGCGAUAUAUUACGUUGCUUAGCCUUUCAUGAAUCCUAUUUAGCCAAAUCGGUGGCAGUGGAAGCACGUAUGGACAUCAAAUAUGCACCAACUAUACGUUUAAUUGGCUCGCCGGAAAUCGACCUGGAGGAAGAUAAAGAUGCGCUUAUACUGCGUUGUGUUGCAGAUGCCAAUCCGCCAGCGAGCAUCGUAUGGCGACGUGCAGGACGUUCGGAAAUUGCCAGUUUACAGGAAACAUUGCAGCUACGCCCAGUCGGACGUCGCGAUGCAGGCUUGUACACCUGCCAAGCACAAAAUUCUGUUGGCACAUCGGAGCAACUUUCUGUGCAGUUGGAUGUGAAAUAUCCACCGAAAAUUAUUUCAGCUGGUCCGGAUCGUCUCACUACCGCGCCGCUAUUUAGUCCUGCUGCCUUUGAAUGUGUGGCUGAUGGCAAUCCUCUGCCUACAUAUAAAUGGGUACAACGGUUUUCACGAGGGGCUAAGUAUGUUGAACGUGGUCAUGAAUCUCGUUUAGUAAUAGAUAAUGUAACAUACGAUUAUCAAGGAGAUUAUGAAUGCCGAGCUACUAGCUACAUUAAUGGACAAGAAAGAGUUGCAGUAUCUGAACCAGUAUCACUGCAGGUUGUAGGAGCACCGCAAGUACUACGCCUACAUCCUUCAUUGCAUACAGUUUCCAUUAAACGCGGAGAACCAGCUAGUAUGUCACUGGUUGUGUGUGCUGAUCCACGUCCACAUCGUGUAGCUUGGGAAUGGGGUUCAUUGCGAUUGGAGGCUGGCAACGGAAUCG